AUGUCGCAAAAGUUGGUCGUGAUAACCUCAAAGGGCCAGUUCGACUCGCUCCUCAAAUCGUCGCGCAUCGUCGUCGCUGACUUCUAUGCCGACUGGUGCGGUCCCUGCAAGCAGAUCGCCCCUAUCUACGAGGGCCUCGCCGAAGCGCUGUCCCGCGAAAACCUCGUCACAUUUGUCAAGGUCAACAGCGACAACCAAACCGAGCUCUCCCAGGAAUACAGCGUCUCAGCCCUGCCCACCUUUCUCGUCUUCCGAGAUGGAAACGUGAUCGACAAAGUCCAGGGUGCCGACCCUACUAAGCUCAAGGCUGUCGUCCAGAAGCUCGCAUCCGAGGUUGACUCUCUUGGCGAGAGCAGCGGCUCCAACAAUGGCAACUGGAAGGGUGCCGAAAUCCCACGAGGCUACAGCGACAUUACCGACCAAAUAGAACUUAGAGAUCUCGAGGUCCUCAACGCAGAUGAGGAGGCUGGUACUGUACGAAUCCUCUUCGACGGCGCCAAGCCAAGUGGUCUUGGUAAUGGCAAGGGAACAUCCAAGGACUAUGUACAGAGUGGUGCUGAUGACCAGCUGCUGCUGUACAUUCCCUUCCAGUCCAUUGUCAAGCUUCACACUCUUCAGCUGACUUCCCUCCCUCCCAAGGACGACGAGGACGUGAUGAGACCCGGCAACGUUCAUCUAUACAUCAACCGCACCCACAACCUCGAUUUUAGCGAAGCCGAUGACACCGAGCCUACACAAGCCAUCGAGAUCUCCGAGGAGGACUGGAACGACGAGGGAACAGUGACUUUGAACCUCCGAUAUGUCAAGUUCCAAAAGACGUCGAGUCUUGUCAUCUACAUUCAGCAGGGUGAGGGUGAUGGAGAGACUGUUCGUCUUGACAGAGUGAGACUCAUUGGCGAGGCUGGAGCCAAGCGCGAUAUGGGUAAGCUCCAGAAGGUCGGAGAGGACGAGUAA